CAAUGGCAUUCGCUUGGAAAGCCGCCGGGCUCACGUAUAACCGCUACAUCUCGGUUGCGUCGCGCGUGGUCCGUCGCUCGCUGAAGGAGGAUAAGAGGAUCGCCGCUGAGAGGAGGGGAGAGAGCGAUUUGAGGAUUGCGAAGUGGGAGGUGAGUCUGGUUCGGAUCUUCUGCGUUGGAGAAAAGGGAAUUGGAAGUUGGCUGCACAUGAGAUGGACUCAGCAAGCAAUAUGAUUGGAUUGAGAGUCAAUUGGAGUCUACAAAUGGAUUGCUGACGAUGGGUCGUGCAGAAUGGAAAGCAGGGCGAGGUGAAGAACUUGGAUCAGGUGAAUGAGGCGGCGUUCAAGGAUGCUGCUGCUCAGGCUUCGUAAACGGCUGCCAUACCAUG